UUGCAACUCGCUUACGCUAUUAGUGCUUCAUCCAUUGAGAUCUUGGUCAAUAUCGUGGGGCGAGACGCAGGUGGCAAUGUUCAAACUGCCACCAUGCUUAGACCUAGCCGAAUUGUUGCGUCACAUAACAAAUAUCUGCUAGCAGAGUCUUUAGUCGAGUCGAGCAGCUGGAUCGAAAUUCGUAUAGUAGUGAGCAGCGUUUUUAAUGGGUCUCACUAUUCGAGCCAGUGGUGGAAUCGGAGUGGGUCGGCGGCGGCGACUCGAGAUGUCGAAGGCAACUUGGUUUCGCCCAUUAUAUCCGCAAUGGACAUACAACAUGGCUCCUAG